AUGCCAAUAGAGCUCCACGGCACCGGGGCAGCAGUGCUGCGGUCGUUCCUGGCGACGCAUCUGAGCGCUGCACAGCUGGAGCGGCCUGACGUGAAGGAGAUGUUGCAUCUGAUGCCAAUGGAGCACACGAAUGCACUAAGUGUAGCGGAACUGCGGCAAGUAGCAGCGCUGCUGAGGGAGUUGCGAGCCGAUGUACCAUCGACGCCUAGUUUAGUGUCGCUAUUACGACAAGGAAAAGGCGUUCGAGCACGAGUGGUGGCGACAGAAAAGGACGAGGAGCAGCAAAAGGCGGAGCAGGAAAAGGAGGAAAAGAGGAGAAGGUACUUGUGCAAACGCCGCAAAGCGCUGCAGCGUCUGGACGAAGAUAUGCGUUACGACAGCAUGGUCAGUAAUGUCAACCCAGUGUCGAACCGAAGAGAGUGGACGAAGUACGAGACGAACGUACGUCAGCACUUGUCCAUUGGUGCUAAUAUGGUUAUGGCUCGGAUCACGGCGUUUGGGGCCGUGUACUUUGUCGCUCGGAACGUCACGGACAACGAGACGAUGAGACUGGUUGCUGGACUCGGAGGGGCUAUUGUCAUGAUGGUCAUUGAGAUGGUGCUGUUCAUUGCGCGUGCAGCAAAGAUGGAGCAGCUCGAGAAGAAGCUCAAGAGUCGAUUUUAG